CAGGAGCUCUUCCACCGGCACAAGGAGGCCCAGCAGUGCUGCAGGCCCCACAACCUGCCGCUCCUCCGCGCCGCCCAGCAGCGGGAGAUGGAGGCUGUGGAGCAACGGAUUCGAGAGGAACAGCGCAUGAUGGAUGAGAAGAUAGUCUUGGAACUGGACCAAAAAGUGAUAGAUCAGCAGAGCACUCUGGAGAAGGCUGGGGUGUCGGGCUUCUACAUCACCACCAACCCACAGGAGCUGACUUUGCAGAUGAAUUUACUGGAGCUGAUUCGGAAAUUGCAACAGAAGGAAUCCGAGUCCGAGAAGGCUUUUUCCUGA